CGUGAGUUUGUUUUGAUCAUUGCGUAAACAUUUCUGCAGACGUUCUCCUACGAAAGCAGGAGAAAUUCAACUAAAUUAGUAGAAAAUUAGUGCUUAAAUUUAGUGAAAAUGUUCCUGAGACCUCUGGAAAUGUUAUCCAACGUGCUGCGGGUGAUCCCGAAGCGAACCAUCCACCAGAGUGCGGCUUUGCUCAAGGUGGAAGAUCGCAAAGCCAUGCUCGCUUCGCUGCCCGGCAAGGACGAGGGCACGGUUGGUGAACGCGCCAUCGACAUCGAUUCCCUGAUUACCAAGAAAGAACGCAUUUUCCCGGAUGCAAGCACGCCGACCACCCUCUUCAAUGGGGUUCCCUUCAACGAGAUUCCGAUCUGCAACAUACGGGUGUCGCCCAACAACACCAUCAUCACGAUAUGCGACGCCAAGGGUGUGCCGCAGUUCAUUCGGUCCUGUGGCAUCGAGGGAUUCAAGAAUACGCGCAAGGGAACGAAUAUUGCCGCACAAGCCACGGCCAUCAGCAUUUGCACGAAAGCCAUUGAACGUGGCUACAAAAGCGUACGGGUGACAGUGCGGGGACUUGGUCCGGGACGAAUGUCGGCCAUCAAAGGCUUAGAAAUGGCUGGUAUGAAUAUUGUUUCGAUUACGGAUACGACACGGGUAUCGUGGAAUCCCCCGCGGCCCCGGAAACAGCGGAAGCUGUAAGAGAAGGUAUUGCUUAGUCUGUUUUGUUUCCACUUCUGCGCAAUACAAAUAUUGAAUUACA